UUUUUUUGGUUCAUCCCUUAUUAUUGUUUUAAUUACAGUUUGUGUGUUGGGAAUAAAAAUGACAUGCUUUUUGUAAAAAAUAAAAAUUUAAUAUAUCCAUAUAAUGAUAUGAAUAGAAUAAGCAGACAUAAAGGGGUGGAGCUAAACAGAAAGAUGGUUGCUGAGAAUAUUCAAAUGAGAAAUAUGAAGAGUGACAAUAAUAGUAAUAAUGUUGAUGAGAAUAAUAAUAUUAAUCAUAGUAAUAAUUAUGAUAAUAAUUUAUAUUUAUCAUGUCGUAAUAAAAAAAAAGGUAAAGAUGUACAAUCCUUGUGUGCCAUAAAACACGACAACGUACUAAUCAAAAAUAUAAAUGAAGAAGAAAAAGAAAAGGAAAUUAAAAAAGAUGAUACAGAUAAAUUAGAAUCAAAAAAUGAUAAUGAACAUAUAAAUGAAGAGAAUAAUUUCGUUUUUUCAUAUGAUAAUAAAUUAAAUAAUUAUUCUGAAUUUAAUAUAUAUAUGGAAAAUAAUAAUAUAGAAGAAUAUAUAUCCGAUGUAAAUAUUAGUACAGAAGAAAUAUGUACCUUAUAUGAAGAUAUGUAUUUAGGACGACUUUUUGAGAACUUAGUAGCCAAAUUAUAUUAUAAUAAACGAGUUAAUGGUUUUGUUCAUUUAUAUAAUGGUCAAGAAGCUGUAAGUACAGGUAUUAUUAAAAAUUUAAAAAAUUCAGAUUUUGUUACAAGUACUUAUAGAGAUCAUGUUCAUGCUCUAAGUAAAGGUGUGCAUGCACAUAAAAUAUUAAAUGAAUUAUAUGGAAAUUAUUAUGGUAGUACAAAUAAAGGUAAAGGUGGUUCUAUGCAUAUUUAUUCAAAAGAAAAUAAUUUUAUAGGAGGUUUUGGUUUUAUUGGUGAACAAAUACCUAUUGCUGUUGGAUUAGCAUAUAGUAUCUUAUAUAAAAAUGAAUUUCAGUAUAAUCCAAAAAAUACCUCUUUCACAUCUACUGAAAAUAAAAAUAAUUAUAUACAAGAGAAUGUAAAUAUGCUACAUAUGAAUAAUUCUCAAAACGUAGAUGUUGUAGUAUGCUUCUUAGGUGAUGGUACUACUAAUAUUGGACAAUUCUUUGAAUCUUUAAAUCUUGCUUCUUCUUACAACUUACCAAUAAUAUUUGUUAUAGAAAAUAAUAAUUGGGCUAUAGGUAUGGAGAGUUCUAGAAGCUCAUCUGAUGAUCUUAUGAAUAAUUAUUCCAAAGGAAAAGCUUUUAAUAUAGAUACUUUUAAAGUAGAUGGAAAUGAUGUUCUUACUAUAUAUAAACUAACCAAAAAGAAAAUUCAACAAAUUAGAAAUAGAACUUCCGGACCAAUAAUUAUAGAAGCUAUUACAUAUCGAGCUAAAGGACAUUCUUUAGCUGAUCCAGAUGAACUUCGUAUCAAAGAAGAAAAAACUUCAUGGAAAAAAAGAGACCCUAUUUUAUUCUUAUCUAGUUAUAUGAAGAAAUUUAAUUUAGUACAAGAAUCAUACUUUGAACAAGUUAAAAAAAAAACACAAACAUUAUUACAACAAGCAGAAUUAGAUGCUGAACAAAAUACAAAGAAAGGGGAACAUAUAGACAUAUGUAAUGUAAUUCAACAAAAUAUAUUCGCCCCAUCAAAAUCUACUCCCUAUCAAAGUGACUAUGAAAAUUAUAAGCAAUUUGACGACAUUUCUAAUGACGAAUUAAAAGAAUAUUAUCAAGAAGUACUUAAAGAAAUUGAAAGAAAAAAAGAAAAGAAAAAACUUGAUCCGAACGACAAAUUUGAUCAAAAAAAGUUACCCUUAAUAAUAGAUUAA